CUUUUGCCACCUGGUUGGGUGAGUUGGGAUAUCAACAACGUUUUAUUUUUUAUUUUGUUAUCAAAGAAAGAAAUUGUAUUGGGGAAAGGGGAAUAUAGGAACAAAGAAAGGAAGAAAAAGAUAUUAUUAUUAUUAUUAUUCGACGAUGAUAUCUACGCGCAAUCCGCUGCCCGAGAAGCCCCUGAACCGCGAAGCUCCCCUGCGUGAGCUGGUGUCUAGCUUCCUCACCCCGGCCCCAGAUGCCUACAACCGCAACCACAGCGCCAUCCCAGACCUCGACGCGGCCACCCAUGUCGUCUCUGUCGGUGGGGACGUCGCCAACCCUCUCCGCCUAUCCAUAGACCAGCUGCGCCAUGACUUCCCCCAGCAUGAGGUGCUGGCGGCUCUGCAGUGCGCCGGGAACCGUCGCCAUACCAUGCGCACCAAGCUCAAGGAGGUGGUGGGGCUGGACUGGAUGGAUGGCGCCAUUAUGAACUGCGCCUGGAGGGGUCCUAGGUUGCGCGAUGUGCUGCUCAAGGCUGGCGUGAAGGGAUAUACGACCAAUAGUGAUGAUGUUGCUGAGAAUACGAAGGGAAUGACUAAUGGCGCCGUUACCCGGCUUAAGGGGCUCAACGGCCAUUUUUGUAGUCAGAAGCUGCCCGAGAUGUAUGUUUCCUUUACCUGCGAUCAACUGCAGUGUGAGGAUGACAGCUACUAUGGCGCCAGCAUUGAGCUAUGGAGAGCCAUGGCCUUGGAUAGGGAGGUGAUUCUAGCCCUGGAGAUGAACGGCGAACCCCUUCAACCCGCCUACGGCUACCCCGUCCGCGUCGUUGCCCCCGGCGUCGCCGGCGCCCGCUGGGUAAAAUGGCUCGACACCAUCUCCGUCGGCCCCCACGAAUCCCCCAACUUCUACCAGCAGCACGACUACAAGAUCCUGCCCCCAGAAGCCACCACCUGGGAAAUCGCCGAGUCCUACUGGCCCAAGGUGCCCGCCAUGCAAUGCAUGCCCGUCAACUCCGUCGUCGCGGUCCCCGGUGACGACGAGACCGUCCGCCGCCCGCCCUCGGGCAAGCUAGAGGUGAAAGGCUUUGCUGUCCCGCACGGCGCUGAGGGCCCCGUGACGCGUGUUGAGGUUUCAGCCGACGGCGGGAAGACGUGGGUUGAUGCUGAGCUAAAUCAUGGCGCGGAGAGUUUUAAUAAGGGAGGAAGUAAGUGGGCGUGGGUGUUGUGGAGGGCGGAGGUGCCGGUGGAGAAGGGGCGGGAUUUGACGAUCUACAGUCGCGCGACGGAUGCGGGUGGGAAUACACAGCAGCAGACAUCGCCGUGGAAUUUGCGCGGGGUAGGAUAUUGUGGGUAUGGGGCGUCGUGGAAUGUCUCUGUGGUUUGAGCGUGUUCUGUUCCUUAUCUUUUCUUUCUUUCUUUCUUUCUUUUCUUUCUCUCUUUCUUUCUUCUCUUUAUGGUUGUUGCUUGGAGUUUGUCGGAUGCCCCUUUGCGCGUGCUUCUGGGUUUUCUUAUUGAUUACCCUGCCUCUCCUGCUCCUGUCCUUCCUUGUUCUGUUCCGUUUGUGAUGACCAAUGACCCCAGCCCGUGCCGUGCCAACUUUUUGCGCUCCCUUUUAGCCUUUCACGUUCUUUUUCACCUCAUAUUUCUAUUCUAUAUUUAUGGCUGUUCAACUACCUCCUCACCCCAGACUUCUUGCCCACUCUCCACUCAGUGAUGAAAAAAAAAAUGAAAAAAAAAAAAAAAAAAAAAAAAAAAAAAAAAAAAAGUUGACUGAGCCGGCUCCCUAUCAAACUACUCAUGUCUCUCAGUCUUGUCCCUGUCCUAAUCUUCCACUCCCCUGUCCCCAUAUCUUCCCUUGGCUUCUUAAUACACACUCUUCCCGAAAUAUACAAUGUCUGCCUCUCUCUCUGUCUGUUUACUUUCAUAGAGAGAAAACCUGCUCCUUGUGAACGGCUAUACCUCGUUACUUUACAUGAUAAAGACUAGAUGAGCUAGCUUGCUUUGCUUUACUUCUAGACAUUCAUCAGCCUGUUGAUUUGUUCAGGCUCUAUUAUUCAAUUCCCUCUCCCGCAGCCAGCACACUCGUUCAAGUGGCAUCGUACCAUAUAUUCACAUGCGAGUUUUUCGAUUGAUUCUUAAUGUUGUUCCCCGUUUGCAGGGACUCGGAAAUCCACGUCCUAGCUAAGUUGCCGUGGAAAUCUAGGACCAUUAACUUCAUCUUAACUAUUCAGGAAUUACCAAGGUUCUCCCUCCCCAUCACCUGGCACAUUCCCUCGUCGCGAGGCAGUGGAUACCAGUCAUCUUGCAAUCACUGAACCCUGCUGAACCCUCCUCGCUUCCGUGCCCCACCCAUAUCGAUCAUCAGGAUGGAGAUGCAGCUGUGAAGAGGGGGAAACGUCUCUUCAAUUCAAAUUCUGGCUGGCACUGGUACGUCAUCCGGUGAGGUGACUGAGAUGUCUGUAUAGAUUGAAUGGGCUGGGAUGGGCGUUCUUUUCCAACGAGCGAGAUCGUAAGGGCGUUUUAUAUACGUUGAAAUCGGCAACCUGCUUCUAUGAGACCGGUUAAAAAAUAUGCGUUUACGUGAUAUCACUAUGCGAGGGAAACUUGCUACCACCAUCUACGUGUCAGAGACUAAUCCGUCUAUCCUUAGGUAGCCUUCCACCAUAUAACGGCGGAUCUUAGAAUGAUCAAGCUUAUUACCUCUGUUAGCACGAUCUUCGCAGCGUAAUUGCAGAAUCUCGCAGCCUUCCCGGUAGGGUUCGGGCCAUAUCCAGUACUCUAACCAGUCAUUUCGCCAACAGCUCGCCAGCUAUCAUGCCUUUCAAGCACCCAUUCGCAGCGCUCCCCUUCGGCAAGUUAACAUGUAUCAGAUCCUAUUUGCAAACGACCUCCAUGCCAGAGAGUUGCCUCGUGUCAACAUUUAUGAAACGAUACGAUGACAUCGCGUGAACGUCUACAGCGUAUCAACAAUGUUCUUCGCACUGCCAAUUUCAAUAUCGAUCAGCAACUCGCCUUUAACAGUCUCACAUGACUCACUGGUGGUGUCGGCUUUUAUCGUGGGCCACCAGGAACUGGCACCACUUAUUGGAUUAUUUUCCAGUUUCUUCUUCCGUUAAUCGGUGCAAAGUAGUAUCUCAUACUUCGCAGAAGAUAAAUCUCCUGCACACUAUUAAAACUGGUGACACUCCCAUUAUCCGCUAUUUCUAAGAAGGGCUAGACACCUGGCUCGCCGACGUCUAGCCCCUCAAGAACCUGGAGACUGCGGGGUAUUUUCAACGAGUUAGGGAAACCGGAUCAUCGGGGUAUCACAUAGAUGUGUCUAGUUCUCGAUUGGGGCCUGUAUUUGGGUUGGGAUUGGUUUCUUCUGAACCUGAAUCUUCACCUUCUGAUGCUUUUGCUGCUGCUGCUCCUCUUUCUGAGGGAGAAGCUUGUUCCCCACCAAAAACUUCCCUCACGAAAACCAUCAAGUCCUCGUUACUGCUUCAGCGAAUGGCCCUGUCAAUGAUGCUGCCAUUCACUGUUACAAUUCUACCGCUCUGUUCCAACGAGAGACUGUCAUGGACUUUGUAUACGCCAAGAUCGUCACCGUUUACCAUCACACCACUUACGCGAGACAAACCUACCAUGCGUUCCACCACCUCUGUUCGAGAACCCAGACAACUAUGGGCCGCUGAUUUUGAUCAAACGUGGGAAAUGGAACAGCGUGCGGAGACGGGUAUAAUAUCUAUCGAAGAUGGGACGGGUGUCUAUCAUGACUCAACUUUGUAUAUACUUGCGGUAUUUAACUGUCUGGAUACAUAUUAUCUGCUGGAGCUCUCGCAAAGACCCCCUUGAUAUUCUUUGUUUUACCCAGCUUACUUUUAAUUUUUGUCUUUUGACCACCCAUAAUCAACGGGGGAGGUAUGCCUGCCUCGACUGCGUAUAGAGGACUGGAGACUCCUGAAGACCUAUACCAAUCCCUCCGAGACGGUCUCUUCCCGAGGAUUGGGUGGGCGAGGCUCAAGCAAUCUUGCAGCCUUUCUAAAGAAGAACUAGAAGUAUGGUUAGCUGGAAGCAAGAUCACGCUAGGACCUUAUCACCGAGUUAAGACUCAAUUUUGUUAAACUUUUAUAUCCGUAUCGAUACCUAGACGGAGUCUCUCUUGAUAACCUGCCAUGCACGGAUCUUAUAGUUUAUAAGGCCAAUUUCCCACCAAGGGAAAACACCUACAAAAAGCGGCUAUUAACAAUCGUCCGUUUCACUGAAAAAUACUCCUGCUAUAGCCAAAGACCCCAAACUCCCACAAUAAUCCACACUUUUCGGGGGUUAUGUGUAUCCGGUUCCCCUAGCUUCUGAAUCUCGACAUUUUUGCGCGGGUUAGCCUAUUUCUAAAGGGGGGGCUGUCUGAGUGAUCCCAUCCCGUCACUGUUCACUGUCACCAUGUCUUCAGGUAUCAUUUCGGGGUGUCAGCCAGGUCCCUCAGAAGGCGGAGUGGACGUCUCACCACUCUAAUGUCCUCUAGCCACUUCCCCUGAUAUUCUUUAUUUUAUCAGCGGGCCCGACUUCUUGACCCAGGUCAUCAAAUAAUUGGUAGCAUUAAGUCAACAGAAUGGGCAGUGUCGUAUGUACAUGUACAGGCCAUGAUCAUAGGCGGGGUGUCCCUGAGCGUCAAUCAUAUAUCCUUCCUUGGGUCCUGUGGAAUGCACAGGCGACAACCUCCACCCAAAUCAGCAACGAAAUGAUCUAUAAUAAUGCAAGAGGAUCCACCGCAGAGAACGCAGAGAACACGCGGAGCGAAGGUGGUCAACUGGGGCCUGACGCAUAAGGACGUGACAACUGUAAAGAGGAUAUUUGGAGAGCUUUCAAAGUUGGCAGCAUAAUGAUAAGAUACACGACCCACGUCGGAUGGCCUCCAAAAAACCGUCCGCCUCAACGACUUCUGGGUGCUCGUGGCUACGCAGCUGAAAUUAGUAGUACAACGGUUGAAAUUGCCACCAUACACGAGGGUAGAACACUGGACGAGCAUGAGGAUACCAUCGAUAUGUUCAAUUCCGACAAGGAGGGUUACAAAAUUUCGAUGUUCUCAUUUCAGUGUCUGGAUUUUAUCACAUCUCAGCAGUGACCGCCAUCUCAGAGCUAGAAGAGAGUCUAGAUCUACUCUUCAUUGACGAGGUUGUUCACUGAACCAACUUUUACUCUGUCAUUCAUCUAGCUCAGCAUUCUACACAGUGGUAGAAAAGACAGCCCUCAACAUCAAACAUGAUAGUGCCUGAAAUGAUCCCAUCAGCAACUUGAAAGAGUUCAGAACCCUCUAUUUUACACUUAUUAAAGUGACCAGCAAUGUCUUAAUGAUAUACUGUCAUUACAUAAGUUAAAUAUGUUGUGAGGUGUCUCCCUCCUAAUGCAGCAUCAGCUGAUAUAAUAUUAUUGAUAUCUUCU